GGAUACCACGAAAUUGGGGAGAAAAAGGGGUAAAAUAUAUUUUAAUUUUUUUUUUUAAAGAAUAAUGUCAAAUAGAAAAGUUCAUCCAUAGAGAAUAAGUAGAUUAAUAAUUAAAAGGUAAAGAACGCAACAAUUGGACCCAAUAUGGGCCCAGGACCAUAGUUUGAGAGCUGUCUAUAACGUGAUUCUCCCGUGGGCAGAUUCUGCGUGUUGACAGAGGGAAUCUCCCAGGACUGAAUGUGAUGCGUAAGAGCUGAGCAGCGUUAGUUUUUUUGGGGGGGGGAGGUUUUUUUUUCCAUCACUGGUUAUUUGGACGUAUCAGAAACUGGGGGAAGACGGUGCUUAAACUUCUUCGCCUCGUGUUUCAGACUUUGUUUUUUUCCCCAGAACUCUCCAUUUCUAACACGUACAGUAUGAACACAGAAGUUAAUCGUUCUGCUGAUCACAUUACUUCUGGUUUUACGUCAACAGAGAUAAUACAGAGAUAAUACAUUGAUGUAUGUCACCAAACCUUUUUCUAGCGUGUUAAGGUAUGUAAUCAUGGUAUUUUCUAGUGUGUUAAGGUAUGUAAUCAUGGUAUUUUCUAGUGUGUUAAGGUAUGUAACCAUGGUAUUUUCUAGUGUGUUAAGGUAUGUAACCAUGGUAUUUUCUAGUGUGUUAAGGUAUGUAACCAUGGUAUUUUCUAGUGUGUUAAGGUAUGUAACCAUGGUAUUUUCUAGUGUGUUAAGGUAUGUAACCAUGGUAUUUUCUAGUGUGUUAAGGUAUGUAACCAUGGUAUUUUCUAGUGUGUUAAGGUAUGUAACCAUGGUAUUUUCUAGCGUGUUAAGGUAUGUAAUCAUGGUAUUUUCUAGCGUGUUAAGGUAUGUAAUCAUGGUAUUUUCUAGUGUGUUAAGGUAUGUAACCAUGGUAUUUUCUAGUGUGUUAAGGUAUGUAAUCAUGGUAUUUUCCAGUGUGUUAAGGUAUGUAACCAUGGUAUUUUCUAGUGUGUUAAGGUAUGUAACCAUGGUAUUUUCUAGUGUGUUAAGCUAUGUAAUCAUGGUAUUUUCUAGUCCGUUAAGGUAUGUAAUCAUGGUAUUUUCUAGUGUGUUAAGCUAUGUAAUCAUGGUAUUUUCUAGUCCGUUAAGGUAUGUAAUCAUGGUAUUUUCUAGUGUGUUAAGGUAUGUAACCAUGGUAUUUUCUAGUGUGUUAAGGUAUGUAAUCAUGGUAUUUUCCAGUGUGUUAAGGUAUGUAACCAUGGUAUUUUCUAGUGUGUUAAGGUAUGUAACCAUGGUAUUUUCUAGUGUGUUAAGGUUUGUAACCAUGGUAUUUUCUAGUGUGUUAAGGUAUGUAAUCAUGGUAUUUUCUAGUGUGUUAAGGUAUGUAACCAUGGUAUUUUCUAGUGUGUUAAGGUAUGUAACCAUGGUAUUUUCUAGUGUGUUAAGGUAUGUAAUCAUGGUAUUUUCUAGUGUGUUAAGGUAUGUAAUCAUGGUAUUUUCUAGUGUGUUAAGGUAUGUAAUCAUGGUAUUUUCUAGUGUGUUAAGGUUUGUAACCAUGGUAUUUUCUAGUGUGUUAAGGUAUGUAAUCAUGGUAUUUUCUAGUGUGUUAAGGUAUGUAACCAUGGUAUUUUCUAGUGUGUUAAGGUAUGUAAUCAUGGUAUUUUCUAGUGUGUUAAGGUAUGUAACCAUGGUAUUUUCUAGUGUGUUAAGGUAUGUAACCAUGGUAUUUUCCUGUGUUAGCCUUGCAGGUUACGUGGAAGCCCUGGCCUGUCGUUGUGGGUUGGUGGGCCCUGAUCUGAACCCCAAACAGGCUGACAUGUGGCAGACCAGAGUUAGCACCCACAGUGGUAAAGCCAUCGGAGUUGCCAUCGGCUGCAUCUUAGGGAUGUUCCCGCUCCUCUUCUUCAAAGAUGAGACGAAGAAGAAAGCAGUGGAAAGGGAGGGUAAAGAUGGAUCACUGACCUCCAUCUCCACUGGCAGCAGCAAUUGAGACAACUUGACCGAAAGACUUACCUUCUCGGGAAGAGAGAGAGAGAGAACUUAUCAUUGGACUACGGCUACUUCACAACCUAACUACUGCAUAAUGAAUAACCUCAAUCAAGCGUGA